CCCAAGCAUCCUUUUAUUUUUGGAUUAGGGCACAAUUGACGGAGGAGGAACACAGCGGUUGGUUUCUUCUCCUCAAAUCAAAUCUCCCAAAAAAAUUCCAGUAAAGGUUUCGAAUUUUUGUUUGAUUGAAGAAGAUGCCAUCGGAGGAUUCGAAAGCUAUGAAUAAAGAGGAGGCUGAGGAAGACAAUAAGAGCUUGAGUUCUCUUGCGAAGAAGAAACUCACGAACGACAACAAUGCUGGUUCGAAGAGAUUGAAGAAGGAAGACGAUGAUGAUGACAAACCCAUCAGGUUAUCUUCAUCUGGAUCUCGUUCAAAGCCGCCAGUGAAGAAGAAGGAGGAGAUUGAUGAUGAAGACGAUGAGAAGAUUCAUGUUUCUAAGAGGAAUUCCUCUGUUGCUGUCUCAAAGGAGAAGAAGAAAACAGAGGAAGAAGAAGAACCAAAGAAAAAGAGAGAAAGGAAAGUAUAUGAUUUGCCUGGUCAGAAGAGAGACCAACCUGAAGAGAGAGAUCCACUUCGGAUUUUCUACGAGUCACUUUACAAGCAAAUUCCCACUAGCGACAUGGCUCAGAUUUGGUUGAUGGAGUCUGGUUUGCUUCCAGCUGAAAAAGCAAAUAAAGUUCUUGAGAAGAAACUGCAAAAGGGUGGAAAGUUCAGUUCUCCUACAAAAUCUGCAGCUUCUACUCCGAGAAGCAACAACAAAUCCGUGCCCGUGAAGAAGGAGGCAAAAAAAUCACCUUCUGAAGCAUUGUCAGACAAAAAGAAGGGAACUGCUGUUUCGAAACCAGCCACGAAGAAGAGGAAGAAGAACUCCGAUGAUGUUAGUGAUGACGACUCAGAUGAUGAUUUUGUGGCUAGCAGAGUCUCUAAAAAACCUAGAGCCAAGUAGUUGGAGUUAUAAGACUGAAUUUGUAAUCGGUUAUUAGUGACUCAAUUUGUAGAUUCCUUAAAGGGGACGAAUUCUUGAAGAGUAAUGGAAGAGUUGGCAGAUUGUUUCUGAUCUUA